AGAGAUUGUUUUUCUCUGAGAUUCCAAAUAAGUGGCAUUCCACCAAAAUUCAGAGAUUAGAAGUUCUUGGAUGCACAAACCAAACCGACUGUGAGAGCAAGGGAAUGUGCAGUAUUGUCCUGACAGCACUGAAUAGUUCUUUCCACAGACUCGCAGAGAGCAGAAGCGUGUGGACACUGAGACGUCCUGAUGGAGAACGUUUGGCACCUGGAAUGAGAUUCUUGUCAUAUCUCAGAGCUCGAGCUGUGCGCGUGCAGAACCACAACAGGGAGGAACAACAACAACAACAACAACAAACAAACAAACGGUCCAAUAAACACACAACACGCAGAGCUCCAGGCGCACCGCUUUACAACCGUUAGACCCGGCGAUCGCGGAGUUCGAGCGGUGAGGAAGUGAGGCAUGGCUGGGCUGAUGUCCGGGUUCGGCAGCUUUACGCACGCUGUGGUUCGCGCAGUCCCUCAGUCUCUGGCCAAAGAAGCGCUCAGGACCGGCAGUCUGGAGGUGGACCUGCUGAAAGCGCAGAAGGAGCAUGACGAGUACGUGUCGGUUCUGAAGCACCGGCUCGGGCUGGAGGUGGUGGAGCUGCCCGCGGAUGAGACGCUGCCGGACUGCGUGUUCGUGGAGGAUGCGGCGGUGGUGUGCGGCGACACGGCGCUCAUCACCAGACCCGGAGCGGAGAGCAGAAGGAAGGAGACGGAGGCCAUGAAAAAUGCGUUGACUGAGCUCGGCCUGAAUAUUGUUGAGAUGACCGAUGAAUUGGCCACACUGGACGGAGGAGAUGUCCUGUUCACAGGUAGAGAGUUCUUCGUGGGAUUAUCCAAGAGGACCAAUCAGAGAGGAGCGGAGAUCCUGGCCGACACAUUUAAGGACUAUGCUGUGUCCACGGUUCCCGUACAGGGCUGUCUCCAUCUGAAGAGUUUCUGCAGCAUGGCCGGACCAGAUCUCAUUGCAAUCGGAUCCAGCGAAGCUGCCCAGAAAGCCCUGAAGAUCAUGCAGCAGAUGAGUGAUCAUAAAUAUGAUAAACUGACGGUUCCUGAUGAUUUGGCUGCAAACUGCGUCUACAUGAAGCUGCCGGGAAAAGGAGACGUCCUGCUGCACUGCACACCGGAGGAGUUUCCUGAGAGCGCCAAGGUGUUUGAGAAGCUGAAGGAUCACAUGCUCAUCCCAGUGUCCAAUCAGGAGAAGGUGAAGGUGGACGGCGCUCUGACCUGCUGCUCGGUGCUCUUCAGCAAGAACAACAACAUCUGAAACGACCGGAAGCCAUUUACAGUCGCUCAGCCACUGCUAUCUCUAAUUAAGUAGUUUUAUAUUAGCUUUUUCAAAAGUCAGGAACAACAGAGAAUAUAAAAAAAACAUACUUUCAAUCCUGUUAAUGUUCGAUUUUUCUAAUAUGUGAGGAAAAUAAAGUACAUUUAAUUUUCUAACUUGCAAAAUUCUCUUCAGAUAAAACGGCCUGAAGUGGUCUCAGCUGGUUUUAGCUGGUUUAACUGGUCCAGUCAGUGUUUAAUUGGUCAAUCAUCCAGCCAGGGGUCAGUGAGUUAAAACUAUUACAAUUUUGAUCAUCAUAAAAUCUAAAUCUCCACUAAUCUAAACCUCAGACCUCAAAGUGUUGCUGUAAACUGCUUAAAUCACUCAGAAUUACUGAACUCGAGCUCCACAGAUGACCUAAACUGCAAAGCAUUGCAUUCAUAAACCGAUUUAUAGAGCGUUUGAACUGUAUUUUUACAAGGCGCACUGCAGAUGUGAUGUGUGAAACAAGCCAUAAUAAUUGAAGCAAAAAAAACGUUCUAAACCAGUAUGAAAUAGAAAUAGAAAAUCAAUUGGAAGGCAUUGCAUUGUGGGAUACAGUAUUGCAGUUCAUCCAGGUAUUCCAUGCAUGCAGAACAUUUGCAUACUAUGCAAUAUUUACACACUGGAGAAAUAAAGUAGUACGCCAUUUCAAACAUUCCUUCACUUUUAGAAACCUGCUUCAUUCCUUCAGCUGUAAAAAUGAUCCAGUGCAAUGGCUUAUGGGUAAUAUUAGCUGAAAGAGCAAGCAUUUGGGACGCUAAUUCUAAUCAUGUAAACAAUUCAGGAAAGAAUUACAAAUUUUUCAGUAUAAAUAAUAGUGACCCAGCUAACACGUUCUGGUAAGGUUUCUCAAUGUUAUGAACAAAUGGUAACAUUAAUAAAAUGUUCAUUCAAAGUUAUCUGGUCUUUAAUAACAUUAUUUAUAGGCCUACUAAAAAGUAUUAUCUAACAUUUUUUAAAUGUUACUACUAGUUUCAGAAUGUUCGGGAAACAAGAAACAUUUCCAUGUUUGCAGAAUGAUAAAACUGAAUGUUUCCACCAAGAAAAAACGUUUUGUACGUUCAGAUAAGGUCUUCAUAACUUAAUGGGAACAUUAGCAAAACCUUCUCAGAACAUAUUUUUGUUAGCUGGCGAGUCCGAUUUAGCUCAUGUACUGGUUUCGGGUUUACUUGAAGUCUGUUGUCAUGCUGUGAUAUUAAAAACACCAGAGAUGAAGAGCUUUUUGUGUUUCUGGUGGCGCUUUCUGCGUGUGACAAUUAGCUAAAGUUGCUAAUCUGACAAGCUUUGACAAACACCGCCUCAGUCGCAGUUUAGCGACCUUUACGAUUUUAUUUUUUAAGUGAUUUAGUAUUCUGUGAAGAGACAGAUUCAAACUCUGUGGUAAUGCAUCGGUUUAUUUCUCCUGCUGAAGAGAAAAAGGAGAUUUAAAGCUCAGAGACGCGGUCCAGUAGCCAUAUAACAGGAUUUACAGUUGUAGCUAACAACACUUUUACGAUGACGACCGUUAAACACUUUUGCCGCAUUUUAUAAAAAUGUGAAUUAUAUGCCGCGAUGAAAGAGCGCGGGGCUGUCAUCAUAUUACGACAUCUUAUUCUUUAUCUCCUGGAUGCUUUGCAAAAUACGUUAUCAUUAUUUCUCUGCCAGAAAGACACUUGUAAAAAAUAUUCUGCCGUUACCUCAGCAGAUCGUAACGAUUCAAAGUCACACUGUAUGAUAUCACAAGAAAGCAGUGUUUACUAGUUCAACCAUCUGCUCAUCCUGAAAGAAUUCCGUGUUUCCUCAUGAAGAGUUUUCCUCAUCUGGACAGCAAAUUCAUGCUGAAGUCUGUCAUCAUCCUAAAAAAGAGACCAUCUCAUAUCUGGAAGGUUCCACCACACAAAGAAAGCCUUGGUAAAAAGUCAAAAUUAUGACUACAUGAUAUAUAAUUUUGACUUUUUCUGUCAUAUUUAUGACAUAAAUUGUUAAAUUAUCAUACUACUAUCAUGUCACAAUUAUGGCAUAGGCAAAAUAGAAAUUAUAAGAUAAAGUCGAUAUUGACAAGUCAUAAUUAAGAUUAAAAAGUCAAAAUUAUGACUGUCAUAAUUGACUUUUUGUCAUAAUUUCGACUUUUUAUAUCGUAAUUAUGACAUUUUAAGUCAUAAAUUCGACUUAGUCAUCAUUUUGACUUUUUAAGUCAAUCUCAUAAUUAUGACUUAGUAUGCGAGUUCACAUCAGAAAUGUGACUUAGUAUGCCAUAAUUUGUCAAAUUUAUGAUUUACAAAAGCAUGAUUGUGUGGUGGAAAUGGCUUUCAUAGAAAUCUGUCAUCAUCUAAAAAAAAGGAUUCUGUCUGCAGUAUUUUCUUGUAUUUUCCCACUUGUUUGAUAGGUGUGUGACUCAGGACCUUUUAGAUCUGUGAUUUGUAUGUGCCAUGAUCCCUUUAACACUGUGCAUUUGUGAUGAUUUUGUUGGGUUUGUUAAAUAAAGCAGCUUGUGAAUGCAAAUACA